GGGAGGUGUAUAAGGAGAAGUGUGCCGUCAUGUGAGAGAGGGAGAGGGGGAUGUCGGAGCUGCGGUGCCGUGCGUUGACUUCGAUUCGAUUGAGAUACCCCAUUAGCAUAGUGUGCAUGCGUAGUUUGCUGUUUUGAAAUAUCCGUGUUCUGGCAUCCUACUCCCCUUUUGCCGCAGUCCCCAAAAGUGCGUGAGUCACAUUCGCGUGUGCCGAGUUCGGUAUUGGAUUAGAUUGGUAUUGAUAUCUCUGAUCUUCAAAGGCCUCUGCUCUCAAGCCGGCUGAAUCGCACUCCGGGAUAUGCUUGCUCAAAAUGCGUAAACAAAGGUAAAGUAGUGGCAAGGAAAUGAGAAAAGGAAGAAAGGGAAAGCAAAAACGAAACGCUAGACAUCUCCCGAUGCAUUCAUGCGCUGCUCUGCCCCGCUCGAACCCUCCAUGUCGAACUGUCGAACUGGGAUGAGAAAUGGGUGGUGUGUCGUGCCGUCCCUCAACACCGCUCCUCUCCAUACCCCUCAUACACAAUCCCCCUCUCCCACUCCUCCACCUCCCACGCAUCCCGCUCCUCCUGCCGCGCCUUCCACUCCCGGAAAAACUGCCGCCGCUCCGCCUUCGAAUACACAGCUACAUACAGCUCUUCCAGCUCGCGCUCGACCUCGGCGCUGCUUGGGCCGCGCUCCUCCCGAUGCCGCCGCAACAAGCUGUGGAAGCGGGACUUGGGUGGAGGCGGCAGAGGGACUUCGGCCGUGUGUGCGCGGCAAGGCGGCGCAGGGCGGUCUGGCGACGCCUUCAGCCCAGAAGAAGAUGACGAUGAGGAGGCUGAUGGUGAGUUUGAAUUUGAACACGAGGCUGAUGGUGCGGGCGCGCGCAUGUGCUUCCCAGGCGUCGUCUUUGAUCGGUGGAACAGGCCUCGCCGCGGUGCCUUGGGCGCUGCGUCUGCCGAGGAGAUGCUGGCGUCUGAGGUGGAGCGCUGGGAGUCGAGGCUGGUGGAUGUGCUGCUGGGCGACGGGAGCGGGGGGAGCGGCAUGGAGUAGACGCCGCUGAAGCCGCGGAAUGGGCGGUUGAUUAGAGACAUGGUCACCGUCUUUGUCUUGGAUUGUGUCGUAUGCGUGCAAUGGAAGGCGUAAAGG